AUGUCGCGGGAAAGUUCCAGCUCUGGCAAGCGGCCCAGGCAGCUCGAGGAAGAACCACAGAAUGAGCGUGAGGUUAGAGUGCGCGGCAUCUUGGACUGGGAUGGACCCGACGACCCAGAAAACCCUCAAAACUGGCCUUUGCGCAAGAAGUGGUCACACAUUAUCGUGGUCGCCAUCCUCGCUCUCGUCACGAACAUGGGACCAACAAUGUGUGCUCCGGGAAUCGGUGGCCUGGCCACUGACUUCAAUAUCUCUUCACAUCAUGUCAGCACGCUAGCCAUCACAAUCUAUGUCCUUGGCCUGGCCAUCGGGCCAAUGUUCAUUGCCCCCAUCAGCGAGGCCUACGGCCGUCUUUUUGUCUACCACACUGCGAGCCUGACUUUUGUAGCUUUCUUAGUUGGCAAUGCGCUGAGCAAGAACAUUAGCCAAUUCAUGGCCUUUCGGUUCCUCGCAGGUUGUGCCGGCGGCACGCCCAUGGCUCUUGGCGGCGGGACAAUAGCAGACAUAACGACGCUAGAGAAGAGGGGGAUUGCAAUGGCCUUGUUUAGCCUAGGGCCGUUGACUGGACCGGUGCUCGGCCCUGUCAUUGGGGGAUUCAUCGCGGACGAGAUGGGGUGGCGCUGGACCUUCUGGAUAUUAACAAUGUUGGGCGGGACCUCCGGCGCCACUGCUCUCGCCAUUAUGCGAGAAACACAUCCCAACGUCCUGCUUCAACGUAAAUCUGAGCGUCUUCGCAGAAACACGGUAGACCGGCAUAUUCUGCCGACGGCACCCUCCAAGUCUCUUGAACCCCGUCAAGUCCUCGUCAGGGCCUUGAUCCGUCCCACCAUGCUGCUUAUUCGAUCCCCUAUCGUCCUCAUCAUGUCUCUGUACACGGCCUUCGUAUUUGGACUCAUGUAUCUUCUCUUUACAACCUUUACUGAGGUGUUUGAGGGGCAGUAUAGUUUCAGUACGUCCAUGUCGGGGCUAAUGUACCUCGGUCUUGGUGUUGCUCUCGUCUCAGCCAUGCUUGCUUUUGGCGCUCUCGGUCACCGGGUGCAAACAGCUCGUAUGCGGGCUGAUCGUGUGGAGCAGCGACGGCCCGAAUAUCGCCUAGUGUUGAUGAUCUGGUUCAGUCCCCUGGUCGGUGUGGGCUUGUUUAUCUACGGCUGGACUGUGUACUACAAAGUCCACUGGAUUGUGCCCGCGAUAGGUACAGUCUUUAUCGGGUUUGGCGCUUUCUUUGUCAUUAUGCCUACGCAACUAUACCUCGUCGAUCUGUUUGGUUCCGACAGUGCCGCGUCCGCCCUGGGAGCUAACAACCUCCUGAGAUUCCUUUCAAGGAAAAGGAAAAGCAACUAUGAUGCCGCCGGCCGGCCUGUUGCCAUUCCUUCGCGGUUCAUCAGCGUAGCAUGGCGCAAGAGACUCCGCGUGGUCAACGUUGUAUGGCCGUAUACCAUAAGUAACUGGGCCUGCUUGUACCAAGUCCUACGAGCCAACUUCGAUGGGUGGAAGUCGAAGGCCGUACCAGACCCUCCGGGACCGAGGGUCGGAGACGGCAAGACCGAAUAUUGGUCGGGGAGGCGAGUGAUAAGCUUGAGUUACGACAAUGAACAGGGGAUUGUACAUGUGCGGUUCGUGAACGUGGCGAGCGGUGAGGAAGGCAGCAUCAACGUCGAGCUUGCCAUCGCCGCCGAUGGCGUGCACUCAACUGUCAGGAACUACAUCAUCCUAACCGAGAGCGGCAAUGUGGACCCAGGCCGGCGUCUCAUCAACUGGGUCUGGUAUUACCCCAUGGCCGAGGACUCUGCCGAGAUGAUCGCCGCCUUUACCGACAUACAUGGCAAACUCCACUCAAACACAGUCCCCCCGGACUUGUCAACCCCGACGUGCGGGCUCGCCAAGCUGCCCGCUUUUUGUCACAAAUGGCAGACCACCUCGCAGAGGUAG